AUGGCCGCAUUAGUACCGGCGCGGCCUCCUGAGGAAGAGGAGGAAGAGGAGGAAGAGAAAGUUAAUCAUGCUAUGGAACGAGAGCCUACAGGCAUGGACGGGGAUGAUAUACGGAGCGACAUGGAGUAUGAAUAUACCAACGCACAGAGUCUUGAUGAUCCUGACCACACGACCAUGGCCGCGCUAGUGCAGGCCCCAGUCGGACAUGAGGAUAGCCAUGCUAUGAUGCCAGCUACACUGCCAAGCCAAUCACUUGAUCAGAAGUCGACCCAAGACAAAAAUAGCAGGCCGGCGACGAUACCAGUCAGAUCAGAGUGGCAUUCGACGUGCAAUCAGAAAACGACGGACAGCUCAAAUUCAGCCAGAGCUCAAUGCAGCAGGACGCCCCCAAUCAAAUGCCUCACAGACACGCAGGAAGCAUAG